AUGGCAGUCGAAAAUCAUAACGCGAACCCAAUCAUUGUUGAACCGACAGCCUCGCCCGAUUCCGGUACACCACCCCGUCUUCUCAACCCAUCGCUCAACACAAGCUCCUCGUCCAACUCUUUCGAAUCGUCUCGCCCACAGUCCCGAGGAAGCAGUGCUACCUCGGCAUCCGAAUCUUCGUCACCAGUCCCGUCGCACGAACCUUCCAACCUCAGACCACAGACCCCUUCGGAUGUUGAGCCUCUGCCUCCGAGUGCCACAUUAACACCAAAUCAGUCACCUCGGAGCAGGAAUCUUUCAGCCACACCACUUCCUAAGAGCGCAGAAGGUUCACCUCACAGCAAUGCAGCCUCAUGGCUCUCUUCCUGCCGUCCAAUAUCUUCCAGAAGACAUUGGCUUGAGCACGGCCUGGGUGUAUUUACCCUAGUAGCUUCCCUGGUUGGCUUGCUAUUCAUAGGCGUGCGAACAUACAAGCUAGCUGUCAUAUCAACCGAAAACUCGACACUAAGUGGUUGUACAGACUUGAUCCAAGCUGGGUUCACGACUCUUGAGAAUUCGACUCUGCUGUGCAAACUGGCAAUGAAGCAUGGUCCGCUGAGCUCGCCGUAUCACUUGGACAAACGAACAUUGCGUUCUUCGCUCGCUCUAACUUCGAGAUGGAUGAAGUGGACACCCAAGCGGCGUUGUGGCUUUCCUUACAUCGUGUGCCAGUCCCUAGGAGCCAACACCGUCUAUCGAAGUAUAUCCACGCCGGCAAUCGUCAUCAUUACGACACUCGCAUUGGGAGCGUUGAUGUUAAUAUUGGCUUGGCGAAAUGCAAGGUCGAUGGAAGUCUUCACAAGCCCUGCACAUUCUGACAUCCAGAUUACUAGCGGACGUAAAACCGUUACCGGCCAAGGGAUCCUUGAGACACACAAACCAGAAGAUCAUCACGACCUCGGCCAACCCCGCAAGCGCAGCCGAGCUUCUCUAGACCAGGAUAGUUUGGUGAAAGACACCGUCCCAUUCCAAUCGACCAACAGCUCCUCCGCCACGUUGACCAGCGGGCGUAGAGAAUCACCAGUUUCUCUUAAAAAUCGCUCAUCGGGCGAGAAUCACAAGGGCCUGAUCGAGCUUCAAAUCAACGGGAAUACUAAAGCCUUCUUCAAGAUGGAAACCGGCGAGCUCCUCCACCUUACUCACUGGAAACGCCAACAUAGUAACGACUCGGACUCGUCCUCUGACAGCGACAAUCCGAACAGCAUUGAGAGAAAGGACGUGGGGGAGACAGUUUUAGGCGCGUCUGUACUAGCCAAGGGAAGAGCAGCCAAGGAUAAGUGGACUGAAGAAUUGCAGCUGGAUUAUGAAAAGUGGCAUGAUAAGCGUUCGCACGCAAAGCCGCAGGCCGGAGAUUGUUGUGCUGGGUUGGUGACAAACAAGCUCCCGACGGGGAAGCCGCAGAUCAUCUGA